CUGCCUUCCUAUAGCCGCAGGUUUGCUUUUUUCCUUUCUCCGGCUGUUCGCUGCUCGACUUCGCCUGUUUUGCGUGAGAGGCAGAUCGGGUGGCUAAUCGCUAAAGAACUUUUUCGCCUCCUUCGACGACGUUCCUUCCUGUCGGAUCCGAGGUCACACCUCCUCGCCGUUCUUCUGUUGGAUCGGAAGUAACGACGGCGACGACGGGAGCUUGCUCGUUGCGAAGCUGCCUUGAAACUUAAUAUAAUGCAAGAAGCGCAACCUGUAGUGCAAGCUCUAGCUGCUGCACAUUGUAACGAGGACACUACUAGUCAUCAAUCGCCAUCAAAACGAAAGAUACGUGUUCAUUCACAACCAAAGCAUGACAAUAGCAGUUCUCAAACUCCUCGAAGUUCCCGUUAUACUCGAUCUCAAGCUGCUCCUGAUUGGACAGUACAGGAAGUGCUGGUUCUUCUUAGUGAAAUUGUUGCAAUAGAUGAGGCCUGGCUUAAAGAAUUAUCUUCCUAUCAGAGAUGGAAGAUGAUAUCUGAUAGCUGCAUGGCUAUGAAUGUUGUCAGGUCUUCAAACCAGUGCAAAAGAAAGUGGGAAAUGUUGCUUGAUGAUUACAAUAAAAUCAUGAAAUGGGAGCCACAGUCAAGUGAGGAUUCCUAUUGGUUGCUUCCAGAGGAUAGAAGGAAGGACUAUGGACUUCCUGUUUCAUUUCAGAAAGAGGUCUUUGAUGCAAUGGAUGCUGUUAUUCAGGUGCAGCAACAGCAGUCUGACUCAAACAAUAGUGAUCCUGAGCUAAUAAUUAGUGUUCAUAAGUUUGAAACAUCCAAAAUGAAUGCUGAUUCAGAAACUUCCGUGCUAUAUCUACCCUCAGUUCACUUAGAGGAGGAACUGGUCACCACUUCAAAGAUCCUAGAAGUGGAAGCCUCAACAUUGAAGAGUCCAGAUAAAACAUUUGUAUUGGCAGGUCUCCAUUCAACAUCUGCUUCUGUUUCCAUAGGUGAUGAGAUCACCCCUUCAAAAAUCCCAGAAGUGCAAGAGCUGACCGCAAGCUCAAAGAUCUCAGAAGAGAGACCAGUAGUGGAAGAGCUGAACAUAACUUCAAAGAACCUACAAAUUAGAACAGAAGUGGAAGAGCUGAUCGCCACUUCCAAGAGACCAGAUGUGAAAGAGCUACUCACAACUUCAAAAAGCUCAGAAGAGGGAUUAGAAGUGGUAGAGCCGAACACAACUUCAAAGAACCUAGGCGAGAGACCAGAAGUGCAAGACCUGAUCACAACAUCAAAGAGCCUAGAACUGGAAGACUUAAUUACAGCUUCAAAGAGCCCAGAAGUGGAUGAGCUGAUUACAACUUCGAAGAGCUCAAAGAAGGCCCUUGUAAUAGCAGUUUCUGGAGAGGAAGAGUUGAUCACCACUUCAAAGAGCUCAGAAGCGGAAGAGUUGAUCACAACUUCCAAAAGCUCAGAUAAGGCCAGUGUAAUAACAGUUUUUGACCAGGUAGAGUUGGUCCCCAAGUCAAAGAGCACGAAGAAGGCCCGUUUAAUAACAGGUAAGUUGCAGGAGAAUGCAGAGCAUGUAUGCGCCAUAUUGAGAAGUGAAUUGCAGGAUGGUGCAAGCCACAGUCCUUUACCUAUUGACUCUUUGAAGCCAAGCCUUGCAGAAACGGAGUUUGCCAGGCGUCAAGCUGAUGAGCUUAUCAAAGCCCUUGGAGAGCUCACAAAUUCUUUAGAUGAGCUCUGUGACCACAUCAGUAAACGUGGGUGUGCCGGUAUUGUAACUGUGGACUCCAAGGCCUGAUGAUAAUAACUUCCUUUUUGAGCUUUUAGGUUUCAUUUGGGACGGCUUUUCACUGCUUCUUAAAGCAGUUUUUGACUACAAAAAUUUCAACUUUUGUAAGAAAAAUUGUUUUAAGAAGCAGUAAGAAAGUCAUCCCAAACGAAGUCUUAAUUUGUUGAUAAUCAGCAAAACUUAGGACAAACCUCUCUGGUAGUUCAUCGGGCUUAAUUUGUAUGGCGUAAUCAAAGUUGUGUCAAGUUUGUUCUAUUGCUAACUGCACUGUUUUGUUGUUGUAGGUGCUAGUGAAGGUAGAUGUGUUGUGUGGCUUUAAUUUGUAAUUGGAGGAUGUGUUGAAGGUGGCUUUGGGGGUUGAAGAAGCAUCAAAAUAUCUAAUAAGAAGUUUUUAGUUGGGAUCUAAAACAUUUGGAGCGUGGUGGAAGGAGGAGAGUCAAAUUAGAUCAAUGUUGCUCUAAUUUUUGCUAACCAGUUGUAUGAACUUGGGGUU